CCCCGCUGGCCAAGGGAGCCUGGCAGAGCGAGCGGCGCCGGCGUCAUGUGACAGCGCUGCCUAGUGCCAGGAGCCUGCCUGAGUGGGGGAAGAGAAGCAGGCAAGAAAGAAGAGGCGCCCGGACGAACGAGUGGAGGUGCUGCUGCUGCUGCGGCGGCGAAGGGACAGACAGGCUUUCUCGAGAGAAAGAGCCCGGCGAAUACCUCUCCACACGCCCCCACGCUUCUGCCUGCACAAGGACCUAAAGGGGAAAGAAAAGCGCUUUGGUUUUCCACAAGAGAAAACAAGCCACGUCCCGUCCCCGCCGUCCCCCGCGCCUCUCCAAACACCACAUAACUCAAGCAGCAACUUCAGCGUCCUGUUGGUGGCUGGUGGCGUCGCCUUGCUGCCUGGCUUGACAAGUAAAAAAACAAACUUCAAGAAAAUAUUUGUGUUCAAAACAGAAGCUACUCUUUUUGAGUCCGGCAUAACAGCACCACAAGUAGAGUUGGUGGAGAAGAUGCUGAUGUUUGAUCCUGUCCCUAUCAAACAAGAAGCAAUGGAACCAGUUCCAGUGUCAUUCAGCUCCAGUUACAUGGACCACAUGAAGCCCAACAAAUACAGUGUCAUUUAUUCAACACCAAAUAUAAUGGCCAAUAAAUUCUACCAGAUUCCCGAAGGAUUGUGUAAUGAAAUCCAAGUUGAGCCUGUUGAUCUCACAGUAAACAAGCAACCUUCAGCUAGAAGUUCACCUUCUCCUCUGAAAUUCCAGACAAUACAUAGGAGACACUCACCUGGAUUAAAUCUACCCUCUACCAGUCCUCCAAUGAAGAAACUGACUCCACCAGGAAUACAGCCUUUCACUAUGCCAUUAACUAUUCCUCCAGUAAUGGCAGCUCUUUCGCGCCAUGGACUUCGAAGCCCAGGGAUACUUCCAGUUAUACAGCCAGUUGUAGUACAACCUGUCCCUUUUAUGUAUGCCCCUCACCUUCAGCAGCCUAUUAUGGUGUCCACGGUUCUUUCAGAAGAGUUGGAGAACCCAAGUAGCAUGCCAGUAUCUGUUAUCGAAUCUUAUGAGAAGCAAGCACUAAAAAAGUCUAUUAAGGUAGAACCAGGCAUGGAAUCACCUAGAAAUGACUACUAUCCUGAACAAAUGUCCCCUCCACUGAUGACCUCAUUGUCACCCCCUCAAGCAAUGUUUCAAGAGAAUCACCCUUCAGUUAUAGUUCAGCCUGGAAAGAGGCCUUUACCUGUGGAAUCUCCUGACACACAAAGGAAACGAAGAAUACACCGAUGUGAUUACGAAGGCUGCAACAAGGUUUACACUAAAAGCUCCCAUCUAAAAGCUCACAGGAGAACACAUACAGGUGAAAAGCCUUACAAAUGCACUUGGGAAGGUUGCACAUGGAAAUUUGCUCGAUCUGAUGAACUAACGCGGCAUUUCCGGAAACAUACCGGAGUCAAACCAUUCCAGUGCCCAGACUGUGAUCGUAGCUUCUCUCGCUCUGACCAUCUUGCCCUUCAUAGGAAACGCCAUAUGCUAGUCUGAAUCUUUCUUCAUUCAAUGCUCUUCAUAUUUCCUUUCUUUUUAUUUUUAACCUGUGCAUUUUAAUUUAGAUUCAGCUGGCCUGAAUCUCUGGAUUUAUAGCCUCGAAACCUUCUCUAUGGUCAGUAAAAGAUGUUUGCUUGACCCUUCUUUGCCCUUGCCACGGGUCAGACCUAAAGAAUGUGAACAUUUUUUUUCCAGGGGAUGCUAAGCAAACCCUAUCCACCAGCAAGUAGAUUAAAUUUCUGUGAGACUAAAAUCAAGCUGGUUAAGUUUUGCCAUUUAAUCAGCCAGUAUAUGUUGAUCAUAUAGUUACUGUUGUUGGAAAUCCAGCCUGCUAGUCCUUGCCAGAGACUCUGUGUGUCCUGUAAAGGAUGCAUGUCUCCUUUUUAUGCUCAGCAAUGCAAUGAAUGGAUCCUUUCCAAUGUGGUUGGUUAUAGAAGCAUGUUCCACAAGACACUUUUUGGAUGUUAAAAAAAAAAACCAUCAACCUGGGAGUGAAUGAAAAAUUCUUGACUGAUGAGUGGCUGUUAUCAGAAAUAUUGUCAAUUCAUAACGUUGUACAUACUGAUCGACAUUGCCUCUCUUUUGUGUGUUAUUGUGUAGAAUGUUAGCUUGUGUUUGCCUGGAGGUAAUUCCUCAGUAGAUUCAUUAAGCAAACAUAUUCAUGUGAUGCCAUUAUCUGUGUUUUAUGUGCAACUGUAUGAAUGGAACACACAUGGUACUCCUAUGAUGUGGCAUUCAAUGAUACAUGCAAUAAUCUACCUCACUGAGGAGGUGUGGUAGGUAUAUUCUUCUCUCAUCACUCCUCUGUAUUUCCAGUUGUGUAGAAGGCCUCUAUCCUUUGCCUGGCAUAAUUCAGAAACGACAAUCAUUUUAGUAAAAUGAACUCCCCAUCAGCUCACUGUUAAAAGUUAAUUCCAUCAAACACACGACUACGUUCAGAAUACAAGAUAUUCAAAGAAGAAAAUACAGCUCAAAAUUUGUCAAAUGGAGAAGAUACACUUCAAUUUCUCUUUCAUUAUGGAUUUUGUUGGCCUUACCAGCCAAGUUCUGCAGGAGAGCUUCAUGAAGUUCCUUAACUAUUUUGUAACACACAGCCUACAUUCACAGUAUCAGUGAUUAAAUACACUUACAAAGAUGUACUUUUAAAAAAAACUUUGGCAUUUGCUUAGUAUCCUAUAGAGAUGCUAUUUUUUGUAGAAUGGUUUAAGGAAAGAAGACUUUCGAUCUUACACUGUCCACUAGCAUGCCCUCCUUUGUAGUGUGCAGGCUCUUCUUAGUAUUAUGGGAUAUCCAACUUUCAUAUUAAGAACAUAAGAAGAGCUGAUCUGAAUCAGGUGAAAGGCCUCUCCAGUUCAGCAUUCUGUUCCCAUCUAUAGUGGCAAACCAGAUACCUAUGAAGUGUACAAGCAGGUCAUGAGUGCAAUAGCAACCUCCCACUCAUAUUAUCCAGGAAUUCGUAUUGAGAGGCGUAAGGCCUCUGAUAUUCGAGAUAAUAUGUAGCCAGCAUGAUUAGGAGUCAUUGAUGGCCUUAGCCUUCAUGAAUUUGUCUUAAUUUCCUUCCAAAUUGAUGUCCGUUACUACUCUUGUGAUAACGAAUUCCAGUUUAAUGUUGUGUGAAGAAGUACUUCCUUUUUUCUGUCCUGAAUCUCCCACCACUCGCCUUCUUUGGAUGUUCCUGGUUCUAGCAUUAUGAGAAAGAAAAACUUCUCCCUAUCCAUUUUCUCUAUGAGAUGCAUAAUUUUAUACACCACUAUCAUGUCUCUUUCUCUUCCAAUUUUUUUUUUUAAGCUAAAAAGCCCCAAACCUUUACUCAUAGGGAAGUUGCUCCAGCCCUUUGAACAUUUUGGUUGCCCUUUUCUGCACCUUUUCCAGCUCUACACUUAAAAAGGAAGGGGAAAAGAAUGGAGGCCAGCAGCAAUAACGGGAAUGAACAAGAGAGGGAAAGACCUCAGAAUGUGCUAGGAAAUACUUUAUUGAAAUCAACUACUAUAAUCAAAUACAUUUCAGGUAAAUAACCCUUCAGGGGCAAGUUGGCUUACUCAAGACUGAAAAGUAGUGCUUGUUAUACUGUUCCACAGACUGUAUUGGUCUUCAAUAGUUCAUGCUUAUAAACUAUUUUCUAGCA